GGGUAUCAAGCAUCCUUAUUACAGUGGGUCGUGGGAGGUUGAGGUCCAUAUUCUUAAUCGUCUAGGACUCCCGUUACGACUCUCCCAAGCCACAGAGAAGAUCAAUCGGAUUUUAACAUAACAUAAGAACAUGGGAACAUAGGAGUCUGGGUGAUUUUCCCGUUCAUGGCGUAGAAGUCGCGUAAAACUAUCAUUAGGAUCACAAACCAGUCCACGGAAAUCCCAGGAACAUCUACGAGAGGCUUUUCAACCAGGCGAACUAAGGCUUGAGACCGCAGAGUGAGGCUUGUGAGGCGUUCAGAACGAUGACUUAAUGCACUCUGCUGUAUGGGAUAAGGCUAUCACUCUCUCGUGGGGGCGGUGCGGUGGGCGGUGGAUGGCUAUAGUGGUGGUGGUGGUGGUGGUGGUGCAUGGUUGUGUCAGCGCGGGAUGGGGGGCGAGCUGGAGCAAGGCUGGAGGUGCACGAGAGACAACACAGAGCACACACCUGGUCAGCUCAACCUCAGCGCCUCAGUCUUCUUCGGCGAGGCAGUGCGGGCGGGUGUGUGUGUGUCCUCUCGCCGCGCGCCGCUCCCCUCACGCACCAGCUAAUCUCCCCACCAGGCCCUCGGGAGGCGGUGACAGCUCUGCGUGGUGAGCCGCCGAGGUGGAGGAGAACUUGAGGACUAAGCUAAGAAGGGUAGAUGAGCCAGUGCCCAGCGAAUUUCGAUACACGUAAUUUCCAUGCCCGAGUCUCGUCCCCUCUGUGCCUAAGGUGACCGCUGGCGUGUGGAGACUCGCGCAAGGUUAUAAGGACAAGUGAGGUGCUGUGCUCUCCUGCCCCCUGCUCCCUACCACCCCAACUUCAAAUGCCUUUCCCCCUUCCCCUCCCCCUCACUGGCUUGAACUCCACUCCUCAGCGUUAGCAAGACGUAAACAAACUAAAAUCAGUGUUAUGUCCCUCGGGAGUAAAUCAAAACCCAACUUUCGGUGAUUUAAAGUUAAUGAAGAAAAAACUCAUCCGUGAAAAUGUAGUUAACUCCCACAAUGAAGUAAUAAGUGAAAGACAGUUUAGGACAAAAACUCGAAGAACAAUACCCGCCACAAUGGACGCUGAGUAUUGAGCGAGACUGUGCAAGGAUUAAAAGAAAAAAAGAAUUAAUUGUUACAUUCAAUGGCUUGUACUUAGGAAACUGCCAGAGAUGAGGGACGUUAUAUUGACCGCGCUGUGAUGUUUGGGUAACUUCAAUGAGACAGCAGCGAGUGAUCAGAAACUUCAACGCGGCAGCAACGAGUGAUCGGAAUCUUCGAGCGAAACUUCUUGAAAAUUUUGAAGUUUCUUGCUCAUCUGGAGAUCAACAACGACACUAACUAAGUCGAUAAACAAUGAAGAGGCAAAAAUAAAACAGAUAAAGAUAAAAAAACACCCACAGAUAAGAAACUAACCGAAACACACUCUUGGAAACUACCUUCAUUGCUGGAAGAGAGGAAGGAAAGAAAAUAUAAGAAGAGAAAAAGGAAGAUAAGCGAAGAAAAAGAAAAGGAGGAAGACGCUCUACAUGAAAAGAAAGAGAAAAGGAGAGGAAAAAAAGCGAGAAAGAAGAGGAGGAGGAAGCUGCUCGGAAAAGGAAGGCGGCGAGGUAUGAUGAGCCACGUGAAGAAGGCUCUGGGCCGCUCCUGUGAUGCAAAUGACGGCCCCGCCUGGUUCGCGGCCGCCGACCCGGAGAUGCCCCAGCCCCACCAGGCCCCGUCCCGCCCCGAGGAACGCGCGGGUUGCCGGGGCGAGGAGGAGGAGCACCCCAUCGAUACCGUGAGCCUCUCGUCCAGGAAGAGUGACCGAGCCUUCAAGAGCCGCUGGGGGAAGGACGCGAAGAGGCACAAGAGAGCGUAUCCAUCGGCGCAGGAGGCCGCCGAUGGGGUGUCCUUCCUCCGGGGCUCCACCACUGCCAACCCCACCAACACAGGGUCCUCAGACUUCACCCCCUACGGCUAUGUAUCCCGCCCGGGCUCCACGCCGCUCAGUUACAGUCUAUGGGGGUCGAGCGCGUCCACCACCACGUCAGAGGAGUCUUACCGCCGUCACUUCAGCCGCAGCCUCUGCCGCGUGGUGUUCGGGUGCGCGGUGCUGCUGGUCAUCCUCGCCGUCCUGGGCAUCGUGGGCAUCGCUGUGUAUCUCGGAGUGCUGACAAAUGAGGACGAGGCGAUCAAAUAUGAGGUGCGGUACGGCGGCGAGGUGGUCGUGACGCGCGGGGACUCCUGGCUGCCCGACCUGGCCGUGCCCGAGUCCCCAGCCUUCAGGGCCAAGGCGGCGAAGUACGAGAGGAUGCUGAGGGCCGUGUACAACAGAAGCUUCCUGAAGGACGCGCUCCGCUCCGUCAGGGUGACUCGCUUCCACCGCAACACCGAGCCUGGCAGCCGCGGCCUCCACCUCUUUUUCCAGCUCUCCCUCGACCGCCGGAAGAUGCCCAGCCACGUGGACAACUCGGAGGCGGCGGUGCAGGACGUGUUGCUGCAGGAGCUGAUCAGCCUCGAGCCCAUCGCCUUUCAGAGCGUCGCGGUGGACAUAGACUCCCUGCGCCUCGCCCGGGAAACUGAGGCAGAGGAGGUGGCGGGUGCAGUGGUGGGCGCGGCGUCCCUGCCCUUGCCGUCCCUGCCCCUGCCGCUGGAGGAACAAGUGAAGGUCAUCCAUGUGGAGGGGGCGCAGAAGGCUCCAGGCGGGAAGAUCAUGAUCGUCAAGGCGGCGGAGCAGAAAGAGGAGGAGGAGACGCCCACCAGCACAGUCGCCAACCUCAUCUACCAGUUCGGUCCCUGGAGGCCUGUCAACCCCUUCAACCCCCCUGUCACCUCCCUGCCGUCAGACCCUCGCCCCCAAAGCCAGCCCGACAGCAGACCUCGACACCCUGAUAUUGACUUCUCGUUGCUUGGCCUGCCUGUCAGACCCACAAACACACCAGACAGAAUCCCUCCACAAGAAACAACCACAACAACGAGAAGACCGACUACAGCCCCCACCACAACCACCACCACUCCAACUCCAACCACCACCACCACCACUACUACUACCACGACUACAACUACUACCACCACGACCACCACCACUCCACCUCCGUCAACCACCACAACCACCUCCGCCACUCCGCCAAGGGUCAGCACACCGCCGUCCCGCUUCCUGGAGCGAGUGGGCUUGGUGGGGGAGAGCGGCAUCAGGACCACCACCAAGAGGAACCUGUCCAAGGAGGACCUCCACGCCUACCUGGCCGAGCUCCUCUCCAUCACCACACCCCGCCCUCAGACCCCCAGACCUGCCCCACGACCCCUCCCCCAACUCCCCUUAGCCCCACAGCCCUUUCCCCCACAGCCCUUCCCCCCACAACCCUUCCCCCAACGCCCCUUACCCCCACAGCCCAUGCCCCCACGCCCCCACUCACCAGUGUUGGUCACCGUAUCCCCUGAGGAGUCAUUUGGUGCUGAGAAGCCUGAACGCCCAGAACAGCCCAACUUUGAGGACCGUCUGGUGACCUUCCAGAGUGUCCUGGAUGACCAUCAGCCCCCAGCUGUGCCGUUCCCCGCCCCUGCCACCCCCAGACCCGCACACAUCCCUGACCCUCCCCAGGUGACGUCAUACUCUGGGGUGCGGGAGCCAGUGCCCUCAGUCUUCAGGUUUCCUCUGGACAAGUUCCGGUUCCCCAGCAACCCCCCCACCCUGCCUCCCACCACCCGACCACCACCGCCCAGCAUCUGGGACUUGCUCACCACCCGCAAGCCGCUCAUCCUCAACACCGAGCUCGUCACCACCACCAGCACUGAUGUCAAGUUUGGGCUGCCAGGCUCGACAGUGGAUCACAACUUUCCUUUCGGGGUGGAGGUGACUCCCCACCCAGUGCACACCACCAGCAGCUCCCUGGCGCCUGUGUACCGCCCCACCCCGGCACCACCACGCCUCGGCCCCACACACCAACACCACAAUGAGCCAGAGCCCCUGAGGGAGUUCACGGAGGACGACAACUACGUCACAGUGCCAGUCAUCUCCGGCUCCAACGUGCGCUACAUGCUGGUCAACAGGACGCGGUCCAACUACCCCAAGGUGGUCAUCGUGAACCUGCAGACCACACCUGAGGACACUGCCACCACGCCCAUGACCCCCACGCGCGGCGACUCCCGCCUCUUUGACACAAAAUUCCUUGAGGACGCCUUCAAGGCCAUCCUGCAGCGGGCAAACUACCGGGGCACGGACGAGCCGCCAGACAGUGACGCUUUCUCCAAGAGGCGAGGAAAACCCUUAGACUUGGAUGCCCCUGACACUCCCACCCCCAUGCUAGAGGACGAAGGACCUGACUCACUGUUUUCCUUCCUGCGUAACCUGAGUCAGGUGUAUCUCUCAGACCCAGCAGUGAUCCAGCAGCUGAGACACUUCGAGCGAGCGGCCCUGGCAGCGGCACAACAGCAGAAGGAAGAAGAGAGUCAGCGGCCCCUCUCUGAUGAUGAUGAUCCGCCCACCUCGACAAGGCAGCCGUUCCUCCAGCACCUACAAAAAUUUGGCGAUCACCGCAGCAACCACUUUACCAACAGUACGUCAUCGCGUCAAGACUAUCCUUACAUUCCCUAUCGUUCAUCAGGACUGAAGCAGCAGGACAAAAGGCCAAGUCUGUUCACUCCUUACUUGGGGACGCCCCUGAGGCACAGACCCGUGAUGGUGGAGCUGCCCCGCCCCACACCGUCACGACCUUCCAGCUUUCCCUUCCAAUCGCAAGCUGCUGCACCUUACACGACACUCUUCGUAACUGGCGUGGGCAGCGAGAGCUCAUCCCUCCCGCAGAUCAUUAGCAUCUCCAGCAGGUCCCCCGCCUCAGGAACAGCCACCACCAAUUCGCCCAUCCACACCUUUGUGCUCAAGGACGGACAGACGAUGGAGGAACUCUUGCAGGAAAUCUUCGACACAAUCUCCCUGGAAGAGGAGAAUGAGACUUACCCGUCCACCGACACGCCCGUCACCCCCAACAUGGAGACAACCCUCUUGACCUCUGAUGCACCCCACCAGACAACACCCGAUGCCCAGACGCGGGACGAGAUCUUGGAGUCCAUCAACAAAAUACUCCUCAGACACUUGUACUCCAUGACCAGCACCACCACCACCGCACCUCCCUCCACCACCACAACCUUCACCACCCCAAAGAACACCGAAACCUCCACCACAAAGACAAACGAAGACACCAAAUCCUCAUCUUCCAUGGAGGACGACAAUGCUCCAGUGUUCUUGUUCCUCACCAAAGCCCCUGAAACUUCCACCACAUCUACCACGCCUGUCACAACCACCACCGCCACCACACGCCGUCCCUUCCCUUCCCGCCCCUCCAGACCCUCAGUGAUAAACAAGCCUCCUUUCUUCCACCUGGGAACCCCGAGACCAUCCUACUUCCGCCCCACCACACCACCGCCACCACCACCACCCAGCACCACCGCCGAAGCCACCAACUCCACCACGACGCUGAACUACAACCUUCAACUGUUUCCCGUGAUGACCCGGCCCAUGUCCCUCAUCAAACCGACAACCACAACGACCACCACAACCACAUCGCUGCCGCCAACCCGGGACUUCUACGAGAUUCUGGACGAUGGGGACAAUGAGAUCAAGACGACGGUGGUGGGUGCAGGGAUGGGCUCGUCAAGUGUGGAGGAGCGUACCGAGACCUCUGUGGAUGUGUCUUACAGCGUCCACAGCGGCACCACGGAGCACAUCUACAUCAGGAACCACACACGGCCCACUGUGUGUCCGAACCAGUCCCAGUUUCGGUGUGGCGGCGGGGAGUGCAUCUCGCAGUUCUCGCGUUGCAACCUCGUGCAGGACUGUCGAGACAACUCCGACGAAGACAACUGCACCUGCGCCGACUUCCUGAGGAGCAAGUUCCUGACCCGCAAGAUCUGUGACGGCAUCGUGGACUGCUGGGACCACUCCGAUGAGACCGAUUGUGAUUGGUGCCAGCCGGGCCAGUUCAUCUGCUCAGGGUCCAGCCAGUGCAUUGAGCAGAGCCAGGUGUGUGACGGCCGGCCAGACUGUGACUCCGGCGAGGACGAGCAGACAUGUGUCACCAUCGCCCCAGACGUGAAGGCCGCUGACUCACUCAUCUACUACGACGAGGGCUACCUCAUGGUCCGCAAGAAUGGGGCAUGGGGGAAGCUGUGUCUGGAGAACUUUGAGCGUGUCACCUCCCGCGCUGCCCCCACCUGGACCGUCACAGACCUGGGCCAAGCCGUCUGCCAGGCCCUCACCUUCAGUGACUUUAAUCGCGUGGAAAGGGAAGUGGACCCAACCCCAGUGGUGCGCCCCGACCCCCUGCUCCCCCCAGGCUACCCCAAAGGCAUCUACAGACCGGACCUCGCCAGCACCAACACCACCAACCCCACCUACUACAAGAUCCACCUCACCAACACGUCUCCGCCUCCCUCGCGCACUAGGGCCCUCAGCUCGGAGGUCGGGGGAAGAGGAAGAGGAGGCGGAGGGGACACCAAUGACCUCACUCUCUCCCUGGACUUCGAGGAGACCCGCUGCCUGAAGAGAGAUGUUAUACAGGUGUCUUGCAAGAGCCUCCAGUGUGGGAUGCGGCCUCGUGCUGUCAGUCAUCGGGCGAGGAUCGUGGGCGGCACCAACAGCGGCCCUGGGUCUUGGCCCUGGCACGCGGGGCUGUACCGGGAGGGCGAGUACCAGUGUGGCGGCACCCUCAUCAACCCCAACUGGCUGCUCUCCGCCGGCCACUGCUUCUACAGUGCCACGGACAAGUUCUGGGUGGCACGUCUCGGGGCCCUGCGGCGUGGCACCAAGUUCCCGUCACCCUACGAGCAGAUCCGACACAUCACCCACAUCUUCAUCCACCCCCAGUACGAAGACACUGUGUUCGUCAAUGACAUCUCGCUGCUGAGGAUGGACUCGCCAGUACAGUUCACAGACUACGUGCGGCCAGUGUGUCUGCCGCCGCCGCGCGCACCCGUCCGCCACGGCCGCCUCUGCACGCUGGUGGGCUGGGGGCAGCUCUUCGAAGUGGGCAAGAUAUUCCCGGACACACUACAGGAGGUCCAGGUACCGCUCAUCUCCACAGGCGAGUGCAGGAAACGGACGGUGUUCAUCCCUCUCUACCGCAUCACCGAAAACAUGUUCUGUGCCGGCUAUGACCGAGGGGGCCGCGACGCCUGCCUUGGGGACUCCGGCGGCCCGCUCAUGUGUCAGGAGCCUGAUGGACGCUGGCAAUUGGUGGGAGUCACAAGCAAUGGGUACGGGUGUGCGAGACCCAACCGGCCUGGGGUGUACACCAAGGUGGCCAGCUACCUCAUGUGGAUGAACCAGGUGAUGGAGCUUACCAAGAGUGACCUGGUGGUGCCCUUGCCGUCCAGGUGUGCGGGCCACCGGUGUCCCCUGGGCAAGUGCCUCCCCAUGAGCAGCGUGUGUAACGGCUUCGUCGAGUGCUCGGACGGUUCAGACGAGAAGGGCUGCUACAGGGAGGCUUAGGGGGAGCCUCACGCCCUCCCCCGCUGCCAAUACCUUUCCUCACUCGCUGGUCAGGCAGGGAGGAGGGAACGCUGUCACACCCUCGACCACAUCCCUCAUGGUGCUGGCCAGGUCACCUCACCCAUCACUGUCACCAUUGUUACCUCUGUUCAUUGCCAUCAUCACCUUCGCCACCAAACAUCAAGGUCAUUGUCAUCUACAUUAUCUCAUUAUGUUCAUUGCCAUCUGUUUUUUUUGUGGUGGUACCCCAUCCACCCUCCUUCCUCACACACUCACCCACACUCAUUCAUUCACUCACUCACACUCGCUCACUGCUUGGCAAAUCAUUCAUUGUCAGCAUUUGUAAAGGUACGUCAUGACUAUAAGGUUGUCUUACAGAGCUUAAAGAGGUAACGGGCACUCAGGUUGAAGAUGUAGAUGACUGUCUUCUUUGUUGUGAUAGACUGGAAGGUGAGGUGGUGGGGCCUGGUGGUCUAGUUGUUAGGGCGUCAAGCCAUGGAAAUGAAGAGCCAGGGCGAGAUGGUUCAAACCCCGCACCACAACUAUAAAACAAUGAACACAGGUAAAAGUUGUGAAGGCAAAAUGUGACUGAAAAGCGAGGGAGAGUUUAUUUGCCCUUCUGAAGAGGUUGAGUAACAUUCCAACAACCUGAAGGACGUAUUGAGAAGUCCCAGCAUUGUUGAAGCAGGUACGCAUCUCAUGUUAACCUUGAUCUAACAGUGCAGGUUUGAGAUGCACAAAAAGACGUCACUAGGCAUAUAUUUUGAGUAAAGUGAUGUACUGAAAAAAGAGAAAGAAAAGUAUUGGUAAAAUUUCACAUAAAAAUACCCUCCAUGAUAUAAAGUUAUGAGUACGAUAG